CCAUUGAUCAUCAACCCUCAUUCCUCCAUAGAAAGAAAGAAACAACAGUGAUGGAGACGAAGCACUUCAGCCACCAACACCCCCUAGCUUUCCACCAAGUCCACCAAGGCUCCCAAACCCACUGCUCCGGUUGCAAAUCUCCCGCCACCGGCAACGUCUACGCGUGCUGGCAAUGCAACUACUUCCUCCAUGAGCACUGCUUCCACGCGGCCCGCUCCCUCCGCCACCCCUCUCACCCCCUCCACCCCCUCUCCCUCGUCCCUCUUCCCACCUAUCCAUCCGCCUCCUUCAUCUGCAAUUCCUGCAACCUCCCCGGUGACGGAUUCUCCUAUUGCUGCACCGCCUGUGAUUUCGACAUCCACGUCCACUGCGCCCUAAUCCCUAACCCUAACCCUAAUUCUCACUAUCAUCACCCCCAAAAUCCCUCUACCUAUCCUCCUCCCAAUCCCAUCCAACCUACAACUUAUCCUACUAUGGCAUACCCUCCACCGCCACAGAACUACGCUCCUCCUCCCACCUCAGAUCCGCCUCAUCCGACCUAUAGCACUGUCGUCAACGCCACCACCGCAAAUCCUCCACCUACGGGGUAUCCACAGCCAAAUCCACCGGCACCCGCGGCUGUCGUCAACCCCACGGCCAAUCCUCCACCUACAGGGUAUCCACAGCCAAAUCCACCGGCACCGGCCGCUGUGGUCAACCCCACGGCCAAUCUGGCGAAACCUCCGGCGGCGGCCAUAAUAAAGCACUUCAGCCAUCCGCACGUGCUGAAGCAGAUGGAUAUCGAGGAGAAGAAGGCGAAGGUGUGCUCGGCCUGCGAGUGCGAGCUAAGCGGCAGCGCAUACUGCUGCACGGAGGCCUACUGCACCUUCAACCUCCACAAGGACUGCUUCGACUCACCGCGGGAGGUGAGGCACAAGUCCCACCUGGACCAUCCGCUAACUCUCCUUUCCGCCCCGCCAUACAGCGACGGGUUCACCUGCAACGCGUGCCUCAAGGACGGCAAGGGCUUCGCCUACAACUGCGCCGCCUGCUCGUACGACCUCCACAUCGACUGCGUGCGCUGGCCGGACGCCGUGGCGCGGCCUGACCAUAAGCAUGAGCUCAAGCUCUACUACUCGUCGGCCGCAGGGUCCGGCCAGGAGGCGGCGGCGUUUGAGUGCGAUGUGUGCAGGAAUCCGGUGCAUGAAAUGGCGUGGCUGUACUUGUGCCGGGAGUGUGAUUUCGGGACGCAUCUGGAGUGCGUGGCUUCAGGGAUCAUCCAGCAGCAGGAUACUGCCAAGGAGGAUGAAUUGCUGAGGGAGAUGGAGCUCAAGUUUGCUGUUUUGCAGCUUUUGCUGGGAGCCCAAGCCCAAAGAGGAGCGCCGUCAAUUGUCUAAUUUCAAUGGGCUUGUUUUCUUCGUGUUAUCAUUUUGUAAUUUGAUCAUCACAAUAACUGUGUAUUCCAUACUAUUGUCCAAUACCAGGACUAAAAGUCCAAUUGAAAUUCGAAGUCUUUUUUGAAAAAUAAAUUUGUCUCAUUU